UUAUUGUUCUACAGAACGUCUCCAACAUCGGGUGUUUAUUACGUUUUGUUCUUUAAUUUGUCUUCAACAAUCACUUGUGUCUGUGUGCUUUUAAUUUUUCUAAAAAAAUUACAAAAAUUUACUAUAUUACAAAAAUGAGCAACAAUUUAGUUAAAGUUUUGUUUCUAGCAACUAUUAUUGCUGUGUGCUGGGCUACUGAAAACAACAUCCAACCAGAAGAUGAACUUUCAGGGUCAUCCGACAUGCAAACAUCUGCAACAUCGGCGAAACUGCUCAAUCUUGGUGGCUUGCUAGGAGGCGGUGGUUACUAUCCCAACAAUAAUCGGCCAGCUUAUUAUCCAAACAGUGGGUAUUAUCCUACUGGAGGAUAUUAUCCCAGUAGUGGAGGUUUCUAUCCCUCCACUGGAGGUUAUGCCAACAAUGGCUAUUACCCCACCAACACCAACUAUCCCACAAAUGGUUACUAUCCCAACAGUGCCUAUCCAAAUAAUGGCUAUCCCUACUCUUCUACGUCAUGGAACAACGCUGGAUAUAAUCCAUCGAGCACAUACUAUCCCUCAACGGGCACCAAUAUCUUAGGAGGCACCGGAAACGGAGGCUAUGGUGGCUAUGGAGGUAAUGGUGGCUUACGCCAAUACAAUGGCUAUUGGAAUCCCAAUUAUGUAGGCCGUCGGAAUCUUGGCUAUGGCUAUUAUAAAAAUACUGAUCGCUAUGGUUUACCAAAACUCGUAAAAGAACAUCGUUAUGGCGGCGGUGGCGGUAGACAAGAAUCCGACCAAGUGCCUCAUUCUUAUAGGGGUUAUGAUUGAAUCAUAAAUUAUGUGGUGGGAAUAAUUGCAAUUGUUGAUAUUGUUGACGUUCUUGUUGAUGUUGUUGUUUGUAGAAAAUAUAUUCAUAUUACAUACUAGUAGUUCGUUCUAUUGCCAAGUGAA